GGGCGUUCCUGCUCGCUUUUAAACCACGCCUCCUUCACCUACUAGUUUUCUCCUGUUUGGCAUCUCUGAGAUGGUCCAAAGUGAUUCCUCAGGGAAGAAAAGGAGCGCAAAUCACCCGAGCAGGAGCUGACGUGUAGCGGAGGACUGCCUCUUAAUUGCGCGUAAUCUUCCGUUUGAUUCAUCUGAGCUGGGAGGAAGACUUUGUAAAUAAAGAAACAGUGAAGGAGGGAGAAGCGUGUUUCAUCUUCUCGGCUUUUUCUUCUAGCUGCGGACUGUUUGUUGCAAAAACGACUGACACUUUGCUUGUGUUUUCUCAGCUGCACCUUGAUCCGGGGGACUGUCGCCAACUCAGCGCAGCCUCCCAUCCAGCGCUCCCCCCUUUCAUCGCUCUCACGUUGUUCUGUCUUCAUAGCUGCUGCUGCUUCCUUCUUGUUCUUGCGGAGUCGCUGACAUGAGGUGCAGCUAACCUUGGAUGCUGACAGCUCCCCUUUUUUCCCUUCCACAUGUCGCUUUUGUUUACUUUGAGAAGCACGCGCGCGCCUAAACACCUAGUGAAAUAGACCACGCCACUUUGCUCCUGUGACGGUUCGAUCAAACAGAAGCAAGAGGAGGGGAGGCAGUGGAGAGGGGUGGAAAGGAGGGAACCAAGGAGAGGAGGAUAGAGACAGAGGGGAGAGAGUGGGAGAGAGAUAGAGACAUUGUGAAGGUGCGUUUUGAUGUUUGGCAUCCACGAGAGCAUCCAGAGGAGUGGGAGUAGUAUGAAAGAGGAGCCCAUGGUGGCCGGGAUGAACGCGGUUCGGACAUGGAUGCAGGGCGCCGGAGUGAUGGACGCCAACACAGCCGCCCAGAGCGGAGUGGGUCUCGCUCGGGCACACUUCGAGAAACAGCCGCCAUCCAACCUCCGCAAGUCCAACUUCUUCCACUUCGUCUUGGCUUUAUACGACAGACAGGGUCAGCCGGUGGAAAUAGAGAGAACCACCUUUGUUGACUUCGUGGAGAAAGAAAAGGAAACGACAGGGGAAAAGACCAACAAUGGGAUCCAUUAUAGACUCCAGCUCCUCUACAGUAACGGGAUCCGGACAGAGCAGGACUUGUAUGUUCGGCUCAUUGACUCCAUGACUAAACAGGCAAUUGUUUAUGAGGGCCAGGAUAAAAAUCCAGAGAUGUGUCGGGUCCUGUUGACCCAUGAGAUCAUGUGCAGUCGAUGCUGUGAUAAGAAGAGCUGCGGCAACAGGAACGAGACCCCAUCAGACCCCGUCAUCAUCGACAGGUUCUUCCUCAAGUUCUUCCUGAAGUGUAACCAGAACUGCCUGAAGAAUGCAGGGAACCCUCGAGACAUGAGGCGUUUUCAGGUGGUAGUGUCGACUACAGUAAGCGUGGAGGGACAUGUCCUGGCCGUGUCCGACAACAUGUUUGUGCACAACAACUCUAAACAUGGCCGUCGAGCUCGAAGAUUGGACCCGUCGGAAGGGACGCCCUCCUACCUGGAACAUGCAACCCCCAGCAUCAAAGCCAUCAGCCCCAGUGAAGGCUGGACCACAGGGGGCGCAACAGUCAUCAUCAUUGGGGACAACUUCUUUGAUGGCCUUCAAGUCAUUUUCGGAACCAUGUUAGUGUGGAGUGAGUUGAUCACCCCUCAUGCCAUCCGUGUGCAGACCCCGCCCAGACACAUCCCUGGGGUGGUUGAAGUCACGCUGUCCUACAAAUCUAAACAGUUCUGCAAAGGCACACCUGGACGUUUCAUCUACACAGCACUGAACGAACCAACCAUAGACUACGGCUUCCAGAGAUUACAGAAGGUCAUCCCCAGACACCCCGGAGACCAAGAGAGAUUACCGAAGGAGGUGAUUUUAAAGAGAGCAGCAGACCUGGUAGAGGCCUUGUACGGGAUGCCUCACAAUAACCAGGAGAUGAUUCUAAAACGAGCAGCAGAUAUCGCAGAGGCCCUCUACACAACAGUGCCAAGAGGGCACAACCAGCUAGCCAGUCUCGGCAGCAGCUCAGUCCACGCUGGUAUGAUGGCUGUAAACUCCUUCACUGGAUCAGAGGUGGCGCAAACAGCCAAUCAGGGUUUCAGUAGGAGUACAAGCAGUGUGUCCCCUCAUGGUUAUGUCCCCAGCUCCACCCCACAGCAGAGUAGCUACAGCUCUGUCUCCACUAGCAUGAAUGGCUAUGCUAACUCUGGCAUGGCAACCCUGGGCACCUCGCCCAACUUCCUCAAUGGAUCUGCAGGCAACUCGCCCUAUGCUAUUGUCCCGUCCAGUCCGACCAUGGCGUCGUCGACCAGCUUGCCCUCCAACUGCAGCAGCUCCUCAGGCAUAUUCUCAUUCUCUCCAGCCAACAUGGUGUCCGCCGCUGUCAAGCAGAAGAGCGCCUUUGCCCCCGUUGUCCGACCCCAGAACUCCCCUCCUCCCACAUGCACCAGCGCUAACGCUAACAGUCUGCAAGAUCAGUCUUUUGUGGACUCUAGCAAGUACUCAUCAGCCAGCUCUCUGCAGGGUCUGGCCUUCUCCUGAACAGCGAUCCCCGGGAUGAUCGUUCCACCCAUGUAGAGGAUCGAGGAUAGCUGGAGAUUUGGGAAUGUUAAGACGAAAAAUACACAGUAAAGGAGUCUGGCGAGUCUCUGUUAUGCUCCGAAGCUGUACUGAAGGAAGUCAAGAUAAGGCACAGGACUCUGUUAAACUCAGGCCUUUCCAGUGGGAUUUCAUCUGGAGGGAUAUGGGAGAAUCGGACAGUUUGAACCUUUGUGAUGUUAGUUCCCUCUUGGUUGAAUUAGUGUAGCUUCUCUGACGUCGCGUUGGAUGGAGUGUAUAGAGACUGAUCGUUUGCCCACAGUGUGACACUGACCUCAUGAGAAGAGCAUUUAUUUAUCUUUAUGUUUAUGCCUGUAAGGUUUAAUUACUGGAGGCCCCCCACGCCGUCUUGCAACCGUGACUCACACAAACAGCAGUGAAGUGUCGGUUUGAACAUGAAGUUUAAAUAACUUCCCUCCUUAACAUAACCGGUUCACUAAAAUAAAACCAUAUAACAGCACACUGGCCAGACAUCUUAGGUCAACAACACAAAAAUGUGAAGAAAAGAACUAAAACAACCCUCAAUCUUUGCUGCUAAUAAUCCCAUAGAUCUAAAACCAAUCCCUUAAAAAUCACCCUGUACUCUUUCAGCAUCAGAAACCAUGCAUUUCUUUUCUUUGUUUUAAUCAUUGGGUUUCUUUGUUUGAAUUUGAACAAAACUGUGAGGAUUGAGCUGCUUGCAAUAUUAUUUUCUGCUUGUCAUGUGAAGGAAAAAAGAAUAGCCAAAAUUGACUUUUUUGUCUGAAAUUUUAGUGAAGACUUGAAAAGCCAGAGGAUGUGUGCGUCCAGCCAGCACUGUUACUGAAGGAGCCUAGCAAAUAUCAAAUUAGAGUAAAAUGCGUGAUAUAUGUGAUAUAUUUUUGUAUAUAAAAAAUGUUGAUUUUUCAUUUGACAUCUCUUUUCUUUAUUCAAUAGCUAUAGUUUGAAAUGUAAACAUUAAACGUCUUAAGGCAGCUUCUCAGUACAGACGAUAGAUUUACUGUGUGUCAAUAUCUCAUCUGCUAAACAUGAGAAACAUGGAUUUGGAUACAAAAAAGGGGAUUCCUGUAAAAUAUCCUAUAAAUAAUGUAUUUAUCCCUUGUAUUUGUACAUUGACUCUCACCCUUGUUUUGUUGUGUUGUGUACGUUUAAUACAGUAAGUGAACAUAUCUCACGGUGUUUUUUUGUUUUAUGUACUGUUGUCUCUCACUAUUUAAAUGUGACUUUUAAAAUCUUUUUUUCUUUCUAUGUUGUUUGUUUUAUUUGCAUUGGUAUGCCAUGCUUUCAUUUGUUGAUUCAAAACAUACCAUUGUCUAUUUUUGUAUUAUUUGUAAGUUAAUAAAAAAAAAUUUUUUUCUUAUGAAAAUGUUUAUUGUAUGGCAAAAAGUAGCAUCUUAUUCAGAGUAUUUGGUUUGAAGUAGAUUUUUUAAGAGUAUAAACACACAUUAAUAUAUACUGUAAAUCUAUAACUUUUUGUUUGAACCUUUUGAGGCUUUCAGAAUGAUACUGUUCCUGAACUGAUAAUAUGCAUGGGUUCUUCUCUUGAGUGACUCUUUCUUUGUGUGUGUGGAAACCAAGAGAACUAAGAAAAUGCUCUGUUUUUCUUUCUUUGUGUUCCUCUUUUUCACCUCUGUUCUUUCUCUGUUUCUUUCUUGUGUUAUUUAUGCCUGCUUACAUGCUGUAUCUAUAUACUCUUUUUUUUAUCACUGUAAUUUUUACCAGCAGUCUAGAUGCCUUAACAAUGCAAACCCAUUCUUCAUUCAAUCACGUGUACAGUUUUCUACCCUCACCACAAUUGUCUAUUGCCACAGAGGAAUUCAUGAGAACUUGGGGACAAAGCACAAACCCACUCUGUUUGGUGCUGAAGCCAGACUAGAAUACAAAGAGCCAUAAUUCAACAAACACUCACACCCCAAUGUACUAUAAUGCUACAGCAAUGGCAUGCUUUGAAAGGCAGUCAGAGCAGCCUCACUCCACUGUGCUUACAGCACAUUAGUGUUUACAUAAACACUUUUUUUUAGCAAUUAUGUAGCCUUUUUUCAAUUAAUGAAAUAAUUUCAACUACAUGCUGGUAACAUUUUUUAUUAACCACAGGAUCACAAUAGUAUGACAACACAAAGCUGUUUAAAUUGUAGUACAGAGGGGCGCACAGUGAAGACAAACAUUGUCACAGCACAAUUUUAAUCUCGCACAUGGAGUCAUCAGUCUGACUCCAGUAUCUGACAGUCGAUCCCCCCAGUAUUCCUCUCCCUGUAAAAGCUGUUGGACAAUGCAGCUUCAUUACAAGCUAAAUAGGACAAGAAUAUGUCAGGAAGCAUGAAAGGGAAGCUCCCUGGCCCAUCAGCCAUUUCUGUAGUCUUUUCUUUGUGUCUGCCGUGUGUCUUCAAGCUGUUGCUGGACAGAGAAUAGGGCUUUUCUCUCUGCUUUUCUUUUCUAGAGCCUGGUUUUGUUAAGUGGGUAAAAAGGAGCGUUUUAACAGAGGCGCCUGCUGACAGGCAAAUGUUUUUCAGGCACUUGUCUGCCUGAGCCAGUCCGAGCUGGGGCAGGAGGGGCCACAACAUAUCUGUUUCAAAUGAACUACAGAGGUCUGUUGUCAUACAAUGGCAUCUUUGUGAGCAAAGUUCCAUCCUGAAUAUGAAUAUCAGUAAUGGGUGAUAAAGUUUUGUAUUUAGGUAACAAACAAAAACAACAACAAAAGUUGCAAACCAAAUAGCUGGUGUCUAUUUUUUCCUCUGUUUGUCUUUGACUGCAAAUACACUGAACAGCUCUAUGAUAUAAAUGAAUAAAAAAAUUCUACUGUAUAGAUUGUUAUUGUUUUUGAUGAAAAUUGAGCUGUACGAUAACUUUUGGACUCUCACAAUGUUAAUUAAAGUUACCUCUUGUCUGUGA